CAGUAAUCCAAUGACGAGAUAUGGCCCUAUGCAGCAGAACCCAAUUAUUAAAGAUGCUCCAGAACUAAUAUCCAGUCAGCUGCGAUUUCGCUUGGAGGCUUGAUUGUUGGGGUCUCGGUAGCAGAGGUCAUUAAAGUGAGGUGUCAGAGACGCGGGCGAACCUCUGCCUGGAAACCAACAGUAGCAAUGUAAGAAAUCGCUGUGUAGGAUAAAUUAACGAAUUGACUCUGAUGCCAAAAUCUACCUGAGAUAUCCUAGAUAUGCCUUCUGGACAUCCUUUAGUCUCGAUUGGUGUAUCGAAUGUCGUUCUGGUAACUCUUCUCCGACGACCGUCCGCUCAACACCAUUUAUGACAUCUGUAACCAAGUGCUCCGCUUGCUUUGAACAAAAAGAGCAAUUUGAUCAUACAAUUUGACUAAUUACCACAUAAUGUCUUGUAAGGUUUAUACUGCAGGGCUGGUAAUUGCUUUAACACGGAAAAGCAAACCAUCGCAUUAUCGUCAAGCACUGAGAGCAGCAGUAUCAUGAAAGGUUGUGAAGAUAUGAAUAAAAUAGCAGCAAUGUAAUCUCGAUGCAUGUCAAGUCUACAGAUGUUCGGAUUCAGAGUUCAAAAUUACUUCUGGCCUUGCUUUACCAGAGUUACAUCCAGACUGGACGUAAUAUUGUAACCACAACACUCGAAUUGCCAACCAUUGAUGAUAUUAUACGAGAAAAAUAAAUAACUAAAUAGAAGCUGGUCACAUCAAGAUGGGAAAAUGCACCAAAAUAUCCUAGAACCACGAAACUGGCAACAUUGAAGAUGGCACUCAAGAUCUAUCCCAACCAGAACGACACAUGUGAACUAGAGUCACUCCUUGUCUUCAGCUACUCUUAUAUCUCGCCUGUCACAUUACACGUCUGAUUCAGCCUUCGCUAAACCUGUUAAUAAGACUUUGCGACAUUCUCGCAAGCAACGAUCCAAAGAGGCAGAUGAUUCAUCUUGAAUUAGGCGAGGCGUCAUAGGUCACGUAUAGGGGCAGAGUUGGCGUUUCCCCUGCUUUCCUUUUGUCACAAGGAAGAAUAUCUCCGCCGGGUGAAAGGAGCUGUUGACGCUUGAAGUAGGACAGACACUCAAAAAGUUGGAGAUUUAAUGUCAAAUCAGCUAGGUUGGAAUAGGAGCUGAUCGACAAUUGUGCGAGACGGGAUAUCAACUAGAACAACGGUCGAAGACUUGGCUUUGACUUCUGCUGCAUGAUGUUACACUGAUGUUGUAGCGAUAUGCACAUUUCGGGAGAACAACCAACCGAAGCACCCCAGUUAGGCCAAAGUAUCACAAACUUCACCUGAUUUUGGCUGAACUGUCUCACGCCCAAAACGCCAUUCCACGUGGUGACUUAAUCAUGCGGAUUUAAGGAGUGAUUGAGGGGGAAUAACGCCUCCGCUGAUGGUGUGCAAUAUUCUGACGAGCUAGCUUAGUACUGCAACACAAUUCCCUGGAAGAGCUGCUAGUGCACCCGUGAGGCAAUAUCGUAUGACUUUACGAUGCUAGCCUUUUUAUAGCACUGUAAUGGGAAUGGCACGGGCCUGAUCACAGCGGCAGAGUCUUGAGGCGUUUGUCUUUAAGCAAUGGAAGACAAGACCUAGCUGUCAUGUUGCAUUUGAGACUUCAAGAUGGCUUCAAAUCGAGGGAUCAUUGGAUCAUGGAUAUGUGCUCGGACCGUCGUUGUUUAUUCCGUUCAGCCUUAUUUCCAAUGAACUGAUAACUAAAGUCUGAUACCAGUCUAGAUGACUCGUUCCAGGGAUGUAUCAAGUAUUGAGCCCAACUUACACAUCGGGCUGUAAACCAGUUCGCUUUGCAAGGCCCAGGGAUUCGUCUGAUAUGUCGGACUAAGCUGUUCCGUUCGAUGUAGUGGAUGUGGUUUCAGCUUCUGCGCUUUUGACACGAGCAAGCUAUGGCUUGCCUGAUAGACUGUUGUCCAAUAUGGGAGGGAAUGCCUGGCGGCUACUGUCGGACGAAGUCAAGGCUGACGAGAUACUGGCCUAUUUUGCUAAAGCCCAGAGUAUUGAUUAGCCAUAUGAGGUUUACAGCCGCAUACUUGACCUUGGCCCAGGGGGUGGCGAAUCUGGAUAAUAGAUGACCGUCCCCGGAGCAUUUUUGGUGCUUCUGAACACAGCUGUUCGUAAUGAGUAAUCUCGCACUUGGAGCAAUUUCAGCGAUCGGCAAAAUUCCAACGGGAUUCUUAUCUUGCUACAAGGCUUGUCAACCCCAGGCUCGCUUCCGACUGGAGAUGGCGACGAAGCGCAAUCUGGCCCCUGGUUCUAGUUCCGCACGGUCGUGAAGCUAGGUGCAAUAACCAGCGAAGCUAAGCCCGUGGGACGAGAUGCCUCUCGCUUUUCACGCCGUAGAUCAUAUAUUUUUGGCCGAAGUGACCGUAGUAACUGUGAGAUCAUCGGCGAGUCGGGACGUUUUUGUCUGUUCUGUUGAAUAGUAGGGACGCUUGCAAAACGGCCCGUCUGGACGAUAUCGGCCUGUCCUUCUAUGGUGCCUCUAGUGUCAGAACUCUGUGACAUGAAAUAAUGAUAGCGUAAUCGAAUACUCCGUAACUCAUCAAUCUUUAGAGAUUAUCAACGUCAAGGUCCAUGUCUUGAGGCCCUGAACAUGCCAGCCCAAGCCUGCGCCAAGAGUCUGCCUGUCUCGAAACAACAGACAAAGAUUCAUGACAAUAGAGUUUAGGGGAUCCGGGGUCUCAUCGUUCCGGGAGCUAUUGUCGAUUCUGGAGAAAGCCAUGUUAUCGUUCUCCAGACCCCCCCUCAUUAUACCCCUGUUUCCUGAACCAGGUUGUUGGGUCACUUGCAAUGGAUGGCUUCCGAGUCACUCAGACAACAAAAUGUGAUAGAAGCACAGAAUUGCAACCCAAAAGUCAAAGCGGGAUGUGAGCCAUUCUUCCGCAAAUUGUGGACCCCAACGACUACCUAAAGCGAUUUUAGUUGUCGAUCUCAGCCCUGUCCAAGGUCUUGACUCGUGCACUAGAUCCUACAUAAGCAACUAACAUCGCAAUCUUGUCCGGACGUACGGAAGUUUUAUAUACGACCAGUAUUCACUUCAGAAUGCGACUUUGCUGAAACUGAGUCUGUAGACGAGGAAAAGAAACAGAAAGAUCGACGUUCCAUGGGGGAAUGGACAUUACGGGGAUCUUCCCCGGACUCGAUGCAUGUAAGUAAGUCGGUAAUAUCGUGGGUCGCAAAAAGCAAUGAAAGGGAAAGGAAAACUCUAUCGACAGCCAACAAUCCUCAUCAUCCGGACUAGACGCACCAAGUCACAGGCCCUGAUUCUAGACGCGCCUCGGGAUUCACCACUAAAAGUGACAAAUUGGCUGCCAGAACCUUUUGUGGCUUCCUGCGGUCCAGUUUCAGCGGCCAUCCAACGCCACUGAAGCCCUCGUGCCUAGCACAUCAUCACUCAUGGAACAAGGACGUGGAGAGACAGAGUCAGUAGGGAUCAUGCCUGUUGGUUGUACCAAUGCACCGGAUGCAAAUUCCGCCACUGCAGAUUCAUUCUACCACUAGCUUUGGUCUGUAUGUACGACUCGGAUCACCGCCUUCCACUAGCUUUUCUGAGGCCCCAGGGUUCUUCCCUUGUACCCGGCAAGCCUGGACCAGCAUUGGAUGCACAACUAACUCGUGCUGAGAAUUCAAUCUUGUUCUAGUGGACAAUGGAUCAUAUAAACUACUGCAUCCAUCCCUCGCAUACAGGGCAUUUCUCAUGUUGUGUUGUGUUUCAUAUCGACUUGUACAGUCCCCGUUUUCUGGGGUAACUUGAUCUCACUCAUCUUCAUACGAACCAGCCAACACCGGCGAGAUCAAGUCAUUUCGUUUUACUGCCAUUAUGGCGACCGAACAUGGCUUCCUCGUCCCUCCCAACUUCAAGGAGGAGCCUCCUUCUGACGACGAUAUGAAUUUUGCAUCGAUUAUCUGGGGUUUAUCCCUGGGCGUCACCAUCUUUAACUGCGGAAAAGCCAUGCGUCAAACUCAAGCAGCAAUCAGAAGGCGGAAUCGAUUAACUCUCUAUAUUUUGUUUAUUUGGCUUGAGGUCUGCUCAAGCACUGUUCUUGGAAUAAUGGUCUGGUUAUAUCUCCGUGGGAUUAUACAUCCGAGUUUCCAAUAUUACUUCUUUAUCAUCGUCUUUUGGUCGAUACAGGUCCAAUGUCUGAUUCAAAUUAUCAUCAAUCGAGUCAGUCUGCUCAUGGUUGUCCGUCGAAAUGGAACUAUACUCAAGUGGACUUGCUUCGCAAUCCUCUUGUCCAUCAACAUUAGCGUUUUCUGUGUCUGGAUUCCUGCUCGCCUUCAAAUCAGUGAGAAGUACAUACAUGUCAACGAAAUUUGGGACCGCAUGGAAAAGGUCCUCUUCGCCAUCAUGGACGCAGCCCUCAACUUUUAUUUCAUUUGGGUUGUUAAGCAGCGUUUGGUGGCAAACGGUCUUGAAAAGUACACCCGUUUGUACCAUAUGAAUAUGUUUCUCGUCGCAAUCUCGAUUGCCCUGGAUGUACUCCUUAUUGGAAUGAUGUCUUUACCAAACAGCUUCGUCUACGUCCAGUUUCACCCUCUUGUUUAUCUCUGCAAACUCCACAUUGAGAUGAACAUGGCAGACCUUAUUGGCAAGGUUGUCCGAGCCGGCAACAACCAGGCAGAUGGAACGCACGAUUAUAGCUCUCGCUCUCGAACUACUGUCAAAACUGGUGCCCGACCUGCCGGAGCCAGUCGAUUUGGAGGCGGUCUCACACGGACACAUAUCGAACUUGGCGAAGAAGACGAGAUCGAACUCAAGCAUCGCGAGAACCUCGAAGGAAUCAAGAAGACUAUCGUUACAGAGGUCAUUCGACAGCCAAACAGCGAAGAUGACGAAAUCAUGGAACAUCACGAGAGAGCAGUCAGUGAGGCGAGCUCUACGAAUGCUCGACAUGAGCCUUAUAGUAUUGAACAUGCGAAAUAAGCGAUUUAACCACUGGAUAAUGGGAACUUAACAUAUACAUAUAUAAUUAGAGGGAACUUCAUCCUCUGUGUACCAACGAUAGAAUAUAACGCAAUUAAUGGGUCCUC